CAGGUCCAACAGACACCUACAUGCGCCGCUCUUCGUACUCUAGAGUAAUUGGCCUCAAAGAGACCUUUGCAAAUAACUCGUUGUCAUACUUUGCAGAAUGCCCUGCCGAGGAGUCUUCCAACAUUUGGUCAGACAUCCAUUGCAACAGGGACCUGCCCGCUGGGAGAUCGUUCGCCCAUGCAAUAUCAUCCUCCUGGAUAUUGGGACCUCCAAGAUGUCGAAGAAUAGCACAAAAUCUUUCCGCUGCAGAGAUAUCCAUACUUGACCAAGGUGAUAUUGGUCGAGGAGGAGGAAACACGAGACGCGCUCAAGGGAGUCGAACUCGCGACUCGACGCGGUCACGUGUACGCGACGUAUACUCACGUGGAGGGGCGCGUUGCCAGCACGACCGGCUGCGGCUUUGCGUUGAGGAGAUCAAAGAAGAUCGCGAUCCGCGCGCUCGGCCUGGCAAAUGUAAUAUAAUCCACUAAUAUUCCUCGUGGCUAAAGAUGCAAUUACCGUAAACUGUAGGCUUCUGAUCUUCGCCAUUGGCAUUUAUCCUAUCGCCAUCCUCUUCGUCUUGCGAGACGUCCGCUCCUUUUUUCUGGUUCUUGGCUCUUGUAGAGUCCCCGACGCUCUUUUGUCUAUACCGCUCCUCCUGGUUUCACGACUAACGAGUUCGUUAAAUCUUAUAGAUCUUACGGCUCAAGCAAGCUUGGAUUACUUGCUGUCGUGUCUAUCUUGACAACUUCGUUGUCUCCAAGCGUUGUCCUGAACAUUCAGGACACUCACGUCAUUACCCUGACCGUGCAGGCUGUUUCCCGAAGUUAUGGCGGCCUUAGCUCGCCUCCAAUUGCUCGUCUUAACAUCCUGUCUUCUCCUCGUUACGACCACAUCCGCAUCCCCCAUAGGUCAACCAUGGUUGCCUUCCCAUCUCUCCGCGCGCUCCGACCCUGUCAUUACCGCAGAGAACGGAACAAUGUACGCCAUUGAUCCUUCAACAAUGGAACCUGUUCCCCAAGGUUCUGCAUCUGACGGUAGCGGUGUUGACCUCAAUGCGUCUGCCCUCAUCUGGUUGGUAUGGUCAUUCGUGGUUGGGGUCCCUCUCGCUCUUACUGGCAUCCGAUUUUGGCGUCUUACCACUGCUGCUUCUCUCGGUAUCGCUUGUGUUGUCUGUGUCUGGGCAGCAUUUGUCAACACCUUGGGACCCUCAGGCAUUUCCGAUCUUUUGCUAACCUGCCUCGUCAUGGGAGCGUUUGGACUCGGAUUCUUUAUCGGUCUAUUUAACCUUGGUCGAUUAGCUGGAAUUACGUUCCUUGCUCUUUCGGCCGGUUUCUCCAUUGGAGUACGUAUCGUACUGUUCCGUGAUGGCCUUCUGGUACCAUCGUUCUUCGUGAAUUGGAUAAUUGCUACCGUGUGCGCUGUAAUUGGCUUCGUUUUGGUCGUUGUGAGGCAGAGACUAGCAAUCCUUGUGUCUUCGGCAUCCGUAGGAACAUUUUUGAUUGGACUUGGUGUAGACCUGGUUAUCAAUAAGCAGAAAGGCAUGAGUACCGGCCUUCGGUUCCUUUUCGAUCGCAAUAAUUCCCAUCUUGUUGACCUUUUCACUCGAGGCUGGCAUCCACCAAUAUCAACCAUUAUCAUCUUGGCAGUUUCCCUUGCAUUAAUCCCACCAUUAGCAUACACUCAACAUCGUAUAUUCAAAGCCCCUUUCACACCCGAACGACCCCCAAGCGUCCUCAUUAGCGAACCCCGUGAGUCUGGUGAACCACUCAAACAAGCCUCUUCAGAUUCAUACGCGCAUACCGACAAGAAGAUUAACUCGACGGCCUCUUCGUUGCAAGCUCUAUUGGAUAAGGAUGGUCAACCUCCGCCAUCGCCUUCGUCGAGUGGGGAGGAUGAGAAGAGGAGUUCGAGUCGGUUUAGCAUGUAGUGCUGUUUUCGCCUUUUUUUUUUUUUUGCGGUGUCCCGGGAUUUCUUUCUUCGUUGAGUGGGUAGGUAUUGGGGUGGGGGCAUUAAUGUGUGUGCGUGUGUGUGCAAUAUUCGAGGACAGGCGUAUCUGGACCCAUUCAGACCUUGCUCAUGCUAUCCAACUCAUCUUAGGUACAGUAUCAUAUAUUCAUUCCUAUCCACCCCUCAUGCAUUCGCAUUUCGCAUUCUUCGCAUUCUUUCUAUUGGACCAAUGCAUUCAUCAUAGAUUUCGUCCCUUCAUCCCUUCAUGUUUUAUUUUUCCAGUGUAGCACUCUUCACUAAUUGGCGUCUCCCUUUCCUUGCUUUCGCGUUUCCUUCCCCAACGGUCAAUCAAUUUGGAGUCCGGAUUCCCUUGCAUAUUUCUUUCCUUUCUUUCUUCGAGCUCGCGCCGCAAUAUGUAUUACUAUCUAUCCAUCUAUUCGUUUGAUCAUAGGACUAGUGACUCGUAUCCAUUGCUUGCGUUUCGUAUACUUGCAUUAAUUUCUUCGUCGGAAUGUAAUAGGAUGCAUCGUACAUUUGGUGG